AUGGUAGCAGGACCUCGAACCCUUUUGUCCUUCCGUCUCCCCACCAAUCGGCUUAUUUCGUGGGCUGAAUAUGGUUCACCAAAAGGACGCCCUCUUAUCUUCCUCCAUGGAACACCCUCGUCCCGUCUAGAGUGUGCUGAGUUCCACAACGAACUCAAAACUCGCAACAUUCGACUCAUUGCUCCAGACAGACCAGGCUUCGGCCGUUCUGAAUUUCUUCCUGGGCGCACAAUAGGAGGAUACGUAACUGAUGUCCUUGCACUCGCAAAGCAUCUGGAUUUGACAAAGUAUCAUGUCAUGGGAGGAAGUGGUGGCGGCCCGUACGCGCUCGCGUGUGCAAGACAUCUUCUGCCUGAAGAUGGAUUACAAGGCGUAUGUGUAUUUGCAGGCAUGGCACCUUAUGAUUGUGGUCUAAAAGGCGUGAACUGGCGCCUUUGGUUGAGCUUCGGCAUGGCCAACUGGACUCCCAGACUCUUACGCUUCAUCAUGCGCUCAGCUCUUCCUACGCCUACGGGUGAUUUUACUGGCCCAAUUGAUCAAUGGACGUUGGACCCCUCGGCACAAGCGGAUGCCAAGAAGAACAUGGACGCGUUUGUCAAAACUCUCAAGGGACGUGAGAAGGAGGUUAUGAGCAAACCAGGCGUGGCAGAUUAUAUGGCCGUAGCGACAGUAGAGUCACUGAUUCAAGGUUUUGAUCCAUACAUGCACGAGGCAAAACUUUUUGCACAGCCAUGGGACUUUAAGAUCGAGGAUAUCACAUUUGCUUCUAAAGGCAAAGGACCAAUUUCCUUGGUUUAUGGGACUGAUGAUGUGAAUACCACGAUCCAUAUGGGUAGAUGGAUAGCCGAGAGGGUUGGGGGGUCGAAUCUCAAGGAAGUUCAAGGCGAGACACAUUUCACAAUAGGGGAAAGGUUUGUAGAUUAUUGUGACGAGUUCUUGCAGAUGACUUAA